AUGGCUGACCUUUUGCGGGAUGCGCCGUUUGGGCAGUUGGUUCGGCUCAUCACCAGGAACGGGUUUCUCGCCUACCCCGACGAGCGUCCAGGCUUCCAGGAUGACUGGAAUCAAAUCGUCUCUAAUGUUGCUGAGAAGAAACCCGCGGCGUCUGGCGCUACUGCCAACACACCUCAAGACGCAGGGGUCGCGGACGCCACUCCGCCAGACAAAGAAGACCUUGAGGCUGAUCUCCGCCUAUCCAUCAUCCCGACUGCCAGAUCUUCUGAUGGAUCAGUGCGAAUCUCCACCAGAACCAUCACUCGUGAAGCGACCCGUCCGUUCUCCCGAGAAAGACUCGAAGUCGAACAACAGGAGGCUGCUCAGCGUCAAGAAAGCAGUAUCAUCAUACCCCAAACCACGGAAGAAGGGCUCAUACUCGUUACCUGGUAUACCACUGACGAUCCGGAGAAUCCACAGAACUGGAGCAGCAGAAAAAAGGUCUUUGUAGCAACCAUUCUCUGCGUCUACACUUUUGCCGUAUACGCAGCGAGCGCAAUCUACAUCUCCGCCAUUCCACAGAUCAUGGAGAAGUUUGUCGUUGGCCAAACGAAAGCUUCCUUGGGUUUGGCCAUCUACGUGUUGGGAUAUGGCCUUGGUCCAAUGAUCUUCUCGCCACUGUCGGAGGUCCCUGCUAUUGGCCGAAACUUGCCAUACAUCAUCACCUUUGGCUUUUUUGUCAUCCUUUGUGUGCCUACAGCACUGGCAAACAGUUAUGGUAGUCUGAUUGCACUUCGAUUCUUGACAGGCUUCGUUGGGAGCCCUGCUUUGGCCACUGGCGGUGCGACAAUGAGUGACAUGUACGGCCUCUUGAAGCUUCCCUACGCAAUGACUGCAUGGGUAAGUGCGGCCUUUUCUGGCCCCGCCUUAGGUCCCCUUCUAUCCGGCUUCUCCGUCGUCGUCAAAGGAUGGCGAUGGGCCCUUUGGGAAGUUCUCUGGAUGUCUGCCCCCGUCUUUGUUGUCAUGUUCCUCCUCAUGCCUGAAACCAACGCCGACAACAUCCUGUACCGACGUGCUCAACGUCUCCGAAAACUUACGGGAAAUGAUAACCUCAGAUCUCAAGGCGAGAUCAACCAAAGGAAUACAACAGUCUCCAAAAUGAUCAUUGAACAACUUUGGCUACCAACCGAGAUCGCCAUUAAAGACCCUGCAAUCUUCUUCACAAAUCUAUACACCAGCCUCAUUUACGCAAGAUAUUACUCGUUCUUCGAGGCUUUCCCCAUUGUGUAUAUCGGCAUUUACGGCUUCAACCUGGGCCAGCUGGCGCUCAUCUUCCUUUGUAUCACGGUUGGAACCGUUCUGGGAAUCGCAAUCUACUGUGCGUAUGUCUAUUGGUAUCUGGAGCCGGACAUCAAAAAGCAUGGUCUUCGGGCGCAAGAGCACCGACUUGUCCCUGCCCUCGUCGCCGUCUUUCUUCUUCCCGUAGGCCUCUUUUGGUAUGGAUGGACUCAAAGAGCCAGCAUCCACUGGUUUGUGGGGCUCCCGGGCUUGACUCUCUUCCCCUUGGGAUCAUUUGUUCUGUUCCAAUGCAUCUUUAUGUAUCUACCUCUCUCAUACCCUCAGUACUCUGCCUCGCUCUUCGCCGCCAAUGAUCUCUGUCGUUCCGCCCUCGCCGCCGGAGCUGUCCUCUUCGGCCAUCCUCUCUACGUCAACCUGGGGGUUCCCAAAGGCAUCAGCGUUCUUGGAGGUCUGACGGUCGCUGGUGUCAUAGGUAUUUGGGCUAUCUGGUACUAUGGAGCCGAUCUGAGAGCAAGGAGCCGAUUUGCACAGAAGUGAAAAAGCAUUGCAACUGGCGAAAAACAUCAUAGCCUCCCCUUCUUCCCACAGAACGUGGGGAUACUUCCAUUGACUGAGAAGGGAGUUGAUCGUGAGAUUCAAUGAGACGGAAGAAGUAUAAUGUAUAAUUUCAGUGUGUAAAGACUAUCCACAAC